UUUGAAAAAAAUUCAAUGAAGUACAUGAAUGAAGGUUUUCCAGAAGAUUUCAUUCUCAUGGGCCUUACCAAAUACCCAUGGCUGGAUCUUCCUCUCUUCUUCGUCCUCCUGGCCUCCUACAUGUUCACAUUGCUGGGAAACAUUGCUAUUAUUCUGGUCUCUCAACUAGAUUCCCAGCUUCGAAGUCCCAUGUAUUUUUUCCUUACCAGUCUUUCAUUUCUGGAUCUCUGUUUUACCACCACAACUGUCCCUCAAAUGUUGUUUAACUUAGGGGGGCCCAACAAGAACAUCACUUACAUAGGCUGCAUGGCUCAGGCCUAUGUGUUUCAUUGGCUAGGCUGUACUGAGUGUGUCCUGCUUGGCAUCAUGGCCUUAGAUCGCUAUGUGGCUGUGUGCAAGCCCCUGCGGUACUCUGCCAUCAUGGACUGCAAGCUCUGCCUGCAGCUCUGCAGCACUUCUUGGCUCACUGGCCUGGCCAAUUCAGUACUGCAGUCCACGCUUACCGUCCAGCUUCCUCUCUGUGGGAACCAGAUGCUGGAUCACUUCUUCUGUGAGCUGCCUGGGCUUAUUAAAAUGGCUUGUGGUGACACCACAGUCAAUGAGAUUACCUUAGCAGUGGUGGCCACAGUCCUGAUAAUGGGUCCCCUCUCCAUGAUCCUGGUGUCUUAUAGUUACAUUGCUCGAACUGUGUUUCGAAUCCCCUCUGCUGCUGGGAGACUUAAGGCUUUCAACACUUGUUCAUCACACUUACUGGUGGUGUCUUUAUUUUAUGGGCCAGGUAUCUACAUCUACAUGCAGCCUCCAGAGGACAGUUCCCAAGACCUCAUCAAGGUCUUGACCCUGUUUUACUGUGUCAUUACUCCUAUGGCCAAUCCAUUCAUCUACACCCUGAGGAACAAGGAAGUUAUAGGAGCUUUGAGGAGGCUUCUAAAGAAGGCCAUUUCAACUAUGGAGAUAUGAAAAAUGAUGCUUUUUUUCUGAAUGUGAAGGCCCAACAAUAAUGUGAAAUGUCCUUUUGG